CGAGCUCGGCGUUAUCUUCACUUCACAACUAAAUUUCCUAUAACAGAGACAAGUAUUGAAUAAAACAAAACACUAUUAAUUUUUAUUUUGCGUCCGUUUUAAUUGUUCUUUUAUUUCUUCCAAAAUCUAGAUAUAAUAUUUUUUGUCUUCGUUUGUAAUUGUUGUUUUGUUGGAGAAAAAUAAUGGCAGAAUGCGCAAAAUAUUCAUGAUACAAAACGUUUACGAUAAUAUUUUUUGGUCAGAAAAACCUUAAGUCACAAAUGAAAAAUAAAUAGGUAUAAUCAUUUUUGGGUUCGGUGGACUGCUUAUUAUUGAAGACAAUUUAUUUUAAAUUUUAUUUAUUAACAGUUGUAGCUUAAGUCUUAUUGAACACAUAACGUUCAGAUUCUGUAGUCAGAAAGGCCAGUUCGUGUAUAUAGGCAUAAACCAGGUUUGAGAUUCUGAGGAAUUACUUGAGAUGACACCAUCGUGUCGUUUUUAGCAUCGUACUGCCCGCCACCGGAGUAGAGUUCAUCCAUACUACCUAGAACCACUGCGUUCAUCCACAGUGCGUUUUUUUGCCACCUACCAUAUGGCUUUGGAAGCUCCGCUCCACGGUGUUUCCUGCGCGUUAUUACAUGCCCUUCUUCAAAUGAGGCUUGUGGAGAGUAUUAAACGGUAGGCAGCGGCCUGGCUCUGUCCUGUCAUUGCUGACGUCCAUGACCACUCACCAUCAAGUGAGCCGUAUGCUCGUCUGCCUACGGACUACGGCAAUAAAAAAAAGUUUCCUUUUUUCCUGGAAGGUAAAUCACCACCGCAUAUGCUGGAGUUGUGAGUUGAUAAGUGGAAGAACACAGUAACCACUUACCUGGCCAGCACAAAAAACUGUAAAAAGUUUCAAUUUAUUUGAGAAAAUUUGGUGGUAGGACCGCUUGUGAGUCCGCGCGGGUAGGUACCACCGCCCUGCCUAUUGCUGCCGUGAAACAGUAAUGCGCUUCGGUUUGAAGGGUGGGGCAGCCGUUGUAACUGUACUGAGAUCUCAGAACUUAUAUCUCAAGGUGGGUGGCGCAUUUACAUUGUAGAUGUCCAUGGGCUCCAGUAACCACUUAACAUCAGGUGGGCUGUGAGCUCGUCCACCAAUCUAAGCAAUAAAAAAAUAAAAAAAAAGCCUACGGAACCUUCACUGUCCUCCCGCCCUCGCUAAAUUGAAUUGACGUAAAACAAUAAACAGCCCCUGUAUAAAUAUAAAUACAAUCAUUUCAACUCUUCAUUCCAGUUCAUUUAGAGUCAAAAGCAACCACUGUCAUUUAAAUUUUCAAUUUUCUAGCAAAUAUGUUAUUUUCGUUAUUUUUUUUCAUUUUCAUAUUAAGUUUGGCUGUGUUAUACUCUGCGCUAGUCAAAAAAGGUCGGAGCGAUGAUCCUCCUCUGUUGGUCAACUAUCGUCCUGUGGUUGGCCAUCUAUUUUAUCUCUUUUGCAGUACUGCCCAAAUCUGGAACAACAUAGUGACGCUAUCAAAAAAAGGAGAGAAGCAAGGGCCAGUCGUGCGCUUUGUAAUAUUGACAGCAACUACCUACAUAAUAACGCAUCCAGAAACUGCAGUCACAGUGGCGGAUAGCACGACAUCGAAACAUUACAUCUAUUCGUUCUUUAGGAGAUGGUUACGAGAAGGUCUUCUAACUUCAUCAGGUGGAGUGUGGAAACGUCAUCGCAAGCUUGUGAGCCCGUCGUUCAAUCUACGUGUCCUUUACAGCUUUAUGGGUGUCUUCAACAGUGGUUCCAAAAAACUGAUUAAUCAUUUCAGAGAUGAAAUGAAUAAAGGACCCUUGAACGUUUUACCUUUAAUCAAAGUGGUAUCUUUGGAAUCUAUAUGCCAAAAUACAUUUGGAAUUGAAGAAAGCAGUGAUCUAGAAUUCAAAAAGAAGUUUAUGAUAGCUGUCGAUAAAAUGCUGUUUAUUGUAAUAGAGCGAAUCCGUAAAAUAUGGUUGCAUAACGAUUUUCUUUAUAACUAUUGUACUUCCUUAAAAAAAGAGGAGGAUAAUGUCGUCAAAGUCUUGACUGAUAUGACGAAUAAAGUACUCCAUAAGAAACAAGCGUUGCUGAAAAUGAAGUCCCCUACAGAACAACCGGAACAAUCGAAAAAAUCUGAGAAAAAAUUCAAGGCACUGCUAGAUCUACUCUUAGAUUUAUCAGCAGAAGAUUCUCUGACUGGACCAGAGAUAUUAGAAGAGCUGAAUACAGCCGUGUUCGGAGGAUACGACACUACAUCCUGUACUUUAACUUACGUCCUGAUGAACUUGGGAACGUAUCAAGACGUCCAACAGAAAAUGUACGAAGAAAUAAAAAAUGUAUUCGGCGAUUCCGAGCGGGAUGUCGAAAGCGAUGACCUUAGUAAACUAGUUUAUACAGAAGCAGUAAUUAAAGAAUCCCUGAGACUGUAUCCUAUCGCUCCUAUCAUAUUUAGGGAAUUAGACCAAGAUGUUAAGAUAAAUAAUUAUACGCUGAAGGCUGGUCGUGGCUGCGCAAUUAACGUUUACGGCAUAAACCGGCACGCAAUGUGGGGUGAUGACGCGGACAAAUUCAGACCGGAGCGUUGGUUGGAGCCGGACGGAGUGCCAAGCGUGUACUACGCGUUUGCUACAUUCGGCGUAGGAAAGCGAGCGUGUAUCGGUAGGACAUAUGCAAUGAUGAGCAUGAAGACAACCUUAGUACACAUCUUGCGCCAGUUUCGAAUUGCUGCUGACAUCACCAAGAUUGAAUUCAAGAUUGAAAUCAUUUUGGUUCCACAGACACCCUGCUACUUAACUUUAGAAAGGAGACAAGUGCUGUUAAGGACGGGCGUGACUUUAAUUUUUAUUAAUUACAUUUAUUACUUAAAUUUUACAACUUUUUCAAGUACCUAUAAAAUGAUUAUUUUAACUGUGUCUCUGGUGAUUAUUAUUGCUGUUCUGGGGUCUUGGAUGCUUUUUUAUCGGCAUUAUAAAGAUUCACCACCUUUCCACAAAGGUCUGCUACCAAUUAUAGGACACUCAUACCUAUUUAUGGGUGAUACAACUUCCAUAUGGCGUAAUUUGAAGAAUUUGGCUCAGGACUGCACCGACAAGGGAGGCGUAUUGCAAAUUAUCAUGGGUUUCAAAAGACAUUACAUUAUAACAGACCCUAAAGAUGCACUUACUGUCGCUAAUGCCUGUUUGCAGAAACACUUUGUUUACAGUUUCGGUUCGCGUUGGCUCGGAAACGGUCUUAUAACUGGGUCAGGGGAAAUUUGGAAACGUCACCGGAAACUUCUUAGUCCGUCCAAUUCCCCCCAAAUAUUGAACACCUACCUUGGUAUAUUCAACGAAAACUCCAGACAGCUCGUCACCGAUUUAGCUCCUAUGGUGGGUGAAGGAUUAAAGGAUUUAUCGUUUCAUAUCAGAAAAAUGGCCAUGAAUACAAUUUUCAGAACUGCAUUCGGUGUCUAUACCAAUGAAGACGAAAACUUCACCAAAGCGUACAUGUCAGCUGUAGACGAGAUAUUAACGAUCAUCACAAAACGCUUCACUCGAGUUUGGCUACAGAUUGAUUUUAUAUAUAAUUUGACGAGCAUCAAAAAAAGGGAAGACGAACUGAUUCGAAUUGUCAAUGAAAUGUCGAAUAAAAUUAUUGCAAGAAAACGAUCUGAGCUGGCAUCAGGCGUAGCAGCGGCAAACGAAACAGAUAAUAAAUAUCAAGGUCUGUUGGAUCUUAUGUUGAAAUUAGCUAAAGAAGACGCUCUAACAGACCAGGAAAUCAGAGAGGAAGUUGACACAGCAAUUAUGGCUGGUUUCGACACUUCCUCGUGGAUCCUGGUUUAUGUACUUGUAAAUUUGGGAUCGUUUCCAGAAGUUCAAGACAGGGCUUACAACGAGAUCAUGGAUGUUUUUGGUGAUUCAGACAGAGAUCUAGAAAAAGAAGACUUAUCUAAACUUGUUUACACUGAAGCGGUCCUGAAGGAAACCAUGAGACUCUAUACAAUGGGACCGGUUAGUCUGAGACAUAUCGAGGAGGAUGUCAAACUUAAAAAUUUUACACUUAAAGCUGGAACUGAUUGCUCGAUAUCAUUGUUUGGUAUAAAUCGCCACACAGUGUGGGGUGAAGACGUUAACGAAUUCAAGCCUGAACGAUGGUUGGAUCCCCAGAAAAUACCUGAUAACGCCUUUGCGGCUUUCAGUAUUGGCAAACGAAGUUGCACUGGCAGAGCGUACGCCUUGACGCUGAUGAAAAUAAAUCUAGCGCACCUUCUACGGAAGUACAAAAUCAGUGGUGAUGUAAGCAAGUUAGAUUUCAAGUUCAACUUUAUCAUAAAACCGAUAUCAGGAAGUGAAAUUGGGCUGGAAUACAGAAAAUAAUAAUUUGAUAAAGAAAAAAGAUGGUGUGGGUUUAUUUAUUAAAUUUAAUAUCAAAACCGA